AUGGUAUCGAUCCAGCAUCGGCCAACUCCAGCACCACGAACUAGUUUAACUGACCGAAAACCACCAGUGCCAAAUCGUUCCUUGAAAUCAGCGGUUAUUCCGAAUGUUCUUAUUACUUUACCUGAUCCAACCAAACGAAUACGAAAUUCUCGGUCGAUCGUCCUGCCCAUUCAAAACUUAUCGUCAAGAAGUCUUCGUCGUGUUAAAUCUUUGUCCGAUAUCACAAAGACGGUUACAACGAAUAUUAAUCGAUCUGCUUCAUCAAACAUUCAGAUUACCGAUGAUUCUAGAGAUAUGCCAGAUGAAAUAUUGAAUUCAAAAGGCUUGGAACGAGGCCGUGUUGCAAGGCUUGCAAAAAUGUUGGAUUUAGCAAUUGAGCAGAAGAAAUCAAUAAGUAUCAACUUAGUAGCAGAACAUGACUUGUCUUCCAUAACUGAAAAAUCGAAGUAUUUGCCGGAAGAUGGCACUAUUUCGGAUGCUGCGAAUAAAGGUGACGAUAAUAUUUGGAUAGAAUCCGAUAUAGGAAAUGUUUCCCAGAAUGGUUUAUGGAACUCAGGAUAUAUCGGUCUUGAAGCAUAUUCAAGAAUGGUGGAAUUAUUCCAUGAUGAUGAUGUUUCGUCAAGUAAUGGAUGUAAGAGAAGUUUCGAUUCUCCGGACAAAUAUUCUGAUGCUGGCAGUCUUGAAAAUUCAGCAACUAUAAUCCUACAUUCUCCGAGAGAGAGGAAGAAGAUGGAUGAUGGAAACAAUUUAGGUUAUAAUUUGUUGUUGUCGGCAUGGGCUGAAGUUGUCGUGUGCAAAAAAGAUUACGGUAAAUUGUGGAUUGUUGUCGAAAAAAGCGCUUUGGUUGGUUGGGCUACCAGUAACAAGAAUGGCGAUCCUAUAAUUGGCCCCUACAAUCUGAAAAACAUUUUGUAUGUUGGAAAAAAUCCAGUAAAUGGUGCUAUUGAGUUACAUGUUCGGGAAAAUUAUUUAUGCAGUCACUGGACAAAUCUUAAGCUCAAAAUGGCUGCCGAAGCGGAAAAGUGGAUUUUGGAUAUUGUAAAAUGUAUUAUGCCGAAGAAUGAAUUGUUGCUGUACAGUGUAAGAAAUUUAAGUGCAGGAGGCAGCGUAUGGAUACGCCAAGGAACAGCUUGCGCAUGGUCAAGCGGUUGGAUGUUUCUCGACGAACAUAAACUAUAUUACGCAUUGGAUAGUUGUGCUAUAUUGUUUGAACUUGAUGUGCGUAAAUUUGUUGGAAUGAAAAGUACAUUAAGCAAAGUUGAUUGGUGCGCAUCGGUUAUUGGUUCGACGAAAGGACCAUUCCUUUUGCUACAAGAAGGAGGUUCUUUAUUCGUUCAAGCUGAGUAUGAUUCAGCUACUUCAACAUGGAUUGAUUUAUUGAAUCAUCAGAUGGAAUGUAGCGGUUAUCGAUUGGAGGACUCGAAGUUAACAUCAGAUGAUGUUCCUGUUAUCGUUGAUAAGUGUAUAAAAUUUAUUUCCACUUAUGGUCUUCUUCAACCGGGUUUGUACAGGCGAAACGGUCCUAAUGUUGAAGUUCGUUCGUUGCUAGCUGAAUUCAGGAAAGACCCUGUAAAUGUGCACUUAUUGCCUGGAUCAGAUGAUAUGAUAAAUGUUGUAGCCGAUGUACUUCGAUCGUUUUUCAGACAGCUUGAUUCUCCGCUUGUCCCUUAUCACAUUCAGGAUCGACUUUUCGCUGUUGCAAGCAUGAAAGAUCAAACUAGAUUAGAUGAGUAUCACGAAAUUUUGAUGGGUUUGCCACGAAUACGCAUUCAGACAUUGAGACGUAUCCUUGACCAUUUAAAAGAUGUUACGGAACUUGCAAAUGCAAAUUUAGCAACUAUCGAAAACGUUGCAAAAAUUUUUGGACCAACUUUGUUUUCGGUUGAGCAGGAUAAUGGAAUAAAUAACAGCUUUGCUGCCACAAUACAGCAAGUGAACCUCGUCAAAGACCUUCUCACAUAUUAUGCUUCUAUAUUCCGAAUUUCAGCACGUGAAAUGAUUAUAAAGUCGAAAAUAAAUAUGCUGCAGGAAAAGCCAAACCAAACGAAGGCCCGUGCAGAUGGUUUUCUUGUUCCUGUACAUAUUCUUGAGAAAGAUAAUCACACAUUCAAUGUGCAGUCAUCUUCAAAUGCAGAACAAGUCUGUGAUGCAGCUAGAAACAGGCCAGCUGUUCGUAAUGAGAUUGAUGUAGACAAUUUUGCAUUAUUUGAGGAAAUAAAAUGUGGUCAGCUGGAAAGGCGAGUGAAUCCGCCUGAGAAAAUGAGCUCAAUGAUUACUGGCAGAUGGCUUGACUGGGAACCUGCUGAAUGCUUUUUUCUCUUUAAGAGAGACCCUAUUCCUUAUUCAUUUCGGCUUUCUUAUCCAUUUGCUGAUGAUGUGCGGAUUGCGGAGCAAGGGACAAAGUCGUUCAGCGCUGGUCAUUUGAAAUUAGAGGGCGGAUUAGUUGCUUACUAUAAUAAGGUUUUGAAAAAAGUGAAUGAAUGGCAUACGGAUGAUAUAUUAUGGUACAUUGGACAUGAAAAUAGUCGUAAACCACCAUAUCCACACACUCUUACAUUUAUAUUACCAAAAGAUAAUAAUUUCAAGUAUAAAUCGAAAUAUAUGGGUUAUUGUAUUGCGUUUCGUGAAGCUACUCUGAGGACGCAAUGGCUCAAUGCGGUAGUCAGUUCACAGGAAGAUUUUCAUGAAAAUUCUGCAAUGCCUUUGGUGCAAAUUUGA